CGACAAGAAAAUUUAACGAAAGUCGCUGAGAGAAAGUUUUUGUUUACUAAUAGAGAGACGAGGAGGGAAAAUAGAGAAUUCUGAGGAUUAGGUUCCCGGAAAUGAUAGGAGCUUUGAAUUAUUGACUUCUAGUGGAUAAAGAGUACUAAAGUUCAGAGGGAAUUAUUCCAUAAUGGCUCAAACACAGCAGGAAAGCAAGAACCAGUGCAUGAUCAAGGCAGCAGAGGAGACAAUCACUGAGCUCUUGCAUCGCACACAAAUUCUAGAGACACGCCUCAAUAAUCCAGAUUUGCCAGAAGAGAAUCGUGCCCAGGCUGAAGAAGACCUGAAGUACAUCAAGAGCGUCUUGGAAAAGAAUAAGGAGCUGCUCAAGAAGAUGAAAAAUGAGCAUCGCAGGCCAAUGCUCCUCAUUUCCGUCCUUGUCUUCCUCUGUUUCUUCUGCUAUUCCAUGUACGUCAUCUUCUAUGGGCCCUGAAAAGACCCUGGACAUUCCCAUUUUUUUCAUUUGCAUUCCUCAAAAAACAUUAACAAAGCGGCUGUACAUGAAAUGAGAUGUUAUUAAAAGUAUCUUAAUACAGAAGA